CUCAGGAUGAGCAGCUCCAAUGAUUAACAAGUUCAUCAUCUUCCUGGUGGGGCUGAUCGUCGUAAUGCAAGUAGUGCACAUCACGCUACUCUCCAGGCUGGACCGGGACCGCGGCCGGAGCCCCUCCUCCAUCCAGACCGAGGGUGGGGAGCACUUCAGCCCGCGGGAGGGGAGGCGGCUGGCCGGGAGUAGCAGCACCAGCCGGGGGAACCUGAGGAAGAGCAGCGCGAAGCUGUCCAAGGGCAGCCUGGACGUCAGCGGUCAGUACCGCAUCCAUAACUUCUACAUCCGCAGCGAUGAUGCAGCUAACGGGGACGUGCAGCUGGAGGAUGCUACCUUGGUAACGCAGUGCUCCGUGCAGAAUCUGUACCACAUCGUGGAGCUGAGUGUGAGAUGGGAUGGACCCGUCUCCGUAGCCAUCUUUGCACCCGGUGAGAACGCAGCAUUUGCAGAUGACAUUGUGGGCGGACUGAGACGGUGUUAUCCACUUAUUCGCAAGUACGUUUCAUUCCACUUGGUUUACCCAACGUCCAGGGAGGCCAUCAUCUACGAGGAGUCCCCCACCUUACUCAACACACCUUGCCAGGACAUCCUCCAUCUUGCCAAGUACCACAAGUCAGCCACUCUGAACUAUGGUGCAGAGAAGGAGCCAUAUCCCAACAACCUGCUGCGGAAUGUGGCUCGGCAGGGAUCGUCGACAGAAUUCAUCUUCGUGGUAGACAUCGACAUGCUCCCCAGUGAGAAACUGAGGACUGACUUUGUUCACUUCGCCCUAGAAAACAGAUUAUUUGACUCUAGAACAAGUCUGGUCUCGGAUCACCUGGACACAGUGUACGUGGUUCCAGCUUUUGAAUUGCAGCUGAACGCAUCUAUUCCAAAAGACAAGACAGAGCUGUUAGAGGCCUUGCAGCAGGGUCAGGCCAGGCCAUUUUAUCGAGACAUUUGCUGGAAGUGUCAGAGUUCCACUGACUAUGAUAAAUGGACAGCAGCAAAGUCCUCCUCCAAACGAAGGCUGGAUGUUGCCUACAACGUGACUUGGAAGGAUCCAUGGGAGCCGUUCUACAUCGGCCGGUGGUCGGUGCCCCUCUAUGACGAGAGAUUCAAGCAGUACGGGUUCAACCGCAUAAGCCAGGUACAACAGUUAAAAAACUACUAUUCCUAGUAUUUUUUUCCUACAACUGUUCCAUGCAUUUACAUACUAUUAGGUAGUCUGAAUUGUAGUCUCUACCAGACUCCCACCUGGCCAAAUAGGGGACUUUGGCCAAGUUAGAAAUAAAAGCCUGGUAGGAGUUGAUUGGCCUAGGAGUGUUGGCCGGCCUGGCUCAAACUGUACUCCUCUGGAAUGUUUUCUGUCUAAUUUGGCCAAUUUUUACUAUUUUUCCAGCGACCUGGGGAGCCUAGUAGAGGCUAUUAACUGAUAGUAUAUUGACAACAAUACAGAUUCAAUUUUUUGUUUGCCAUAGCAAUAGGCUUUGUGUCAACUACAUGUAUUCACUGUUUGCUCACAUGCUGUAAAGGCUAAUCACAUUCUAAACAUGUUCACGCUGCCAGACAAUG